GCCUUCCUCCCACCAAGUCAGAUCAGUUCACUUAAGUAAAAGAUGUCUGCGGCGGGUACGGGUGCAGGCGGUUGCGGACCCGGUCCGGGUGCUGGUCCUGGGGCCUCAAAUCCCAGGAAGUUUAGUGAAAAGAUAGCCCUGCACACCCAACGGCAAGCCGAGGAGACGGCCGCCUUUCAAGAGGUCAUGAUGGACAUCACCUCCACACGGAUUCAAGCCCAGAAAGUGCGCUUGGCACGGACGCAGGGUCCGUAUUAUGGAGGUUCACUGCCAAAUGUCAACCAGAUUGGGAGAAAUCCUUCUGAUUUCCAGGGUUCGUUCCACUCCAACCUGGACUCCAUUCGCUCCACGCGACACCACGGCCUGGUGGAGCGCGUACAGAGGGAUAGGAGGUUCAUCUCCCCGGUCCGCCCCUACAGGAGACAAACCGACAGCUCCCAGUACAACUCACCAUAUUUAUCCCCGCCCCCAGAUCCCAGCUGGAGAAGGAACUGGUCAAGCAACUUCCCCCUGGACAAAAGCCAGUUGUUCCAACUCCCAACCACAGCCCUUAACAGAACAAACUCAGACUCUGCUUUGCACACCAGUGUCAUGAAUCCCAGCACAGGGGAAAAUUUGAGUUCUGGACAUGGCUUAACUGCCCCGAACAGGCGCAGCGGCUUGACUGAAAGUGAGGGACGAAAGAUGUUCCCCUUUCCUGUGCCGCCCAUUGAGGAGAACAUGGUAGAUGAAGGGAAGCUGCUUAAGCCUUGGGAUACCAAGAAGUUACCUUUGCUUUCCUCAAGACCCAAAUCCUGUGAAGUUCCUGGUAUCAAUGUUUUUCCUUCCCCGGAUCAGCAGUCCUGUGCCUCCCACAUUCCCUCCGGCCUGAACACGGGAGGCUCCUUGCCAGACCUGACCAGCCUGCACUUCCCUUCACCCCUGCCUACUCCCCUGGACCCGGAUGAGCCUUGCUAUACGUCACUGAGCGGGGGCAGCAGCACCGGCAAUCUGGCCAACACCCUCACUCAACUGGGGAUAACGACAGGCAACGCCUUCCACUUGCAAGGUCUCUCAGCAUCCAUGCAGGGACCCCUGAACACCCAAUCUCUCCAGUCCUCGCUUAGCAACCCUAACAUCCAAUCGUCUCUGAGCAGCCACUCCUUCCCCGCGUGUCUGAGCCCUGCCUCCCUGCAUUCGUCGCUUAGCAACCCAUCGCUGCAGUCGUCCCUCAGCUCAUCUCCAUCGCUGCCACCCUCCCUCAAUAACUCGUCCCUUGGCGGCAAAUCCCUGCAGCCAUCGGCCGGUAACCUUGGUUACGGCGGGGGCGGGGUGGGCGUGCCCAGUUCCUGCGCUUCCUCCUACCCCCCGCUACUGGCUGGCCAAGGGCAGCCGCGGCUCUGCACGUCGCCCAGGAGGCGGGCACAGCUCAGCCCGCUCAUCCUGCCUGGCAGUGCGGAUGCCCGUCGGCACCAUUCGAAGCAGUUUUCGCCCACCGUAUCUCCCACGCUGUCCUCCAUAACGCAGGGUGUCCCGCUCGACACCAGCAAGCUUCCCAUGGACCAGCGGCUGCCGCCCUAUUCCUACAGCCCGGCCCAGCAGCCCCAAACAGCCCCAUCUGCGCCCCAUCAAUCUCUACCCAAGACCGGUCCGGCAGGGCAGCCGGCGCCGCAGCACCAGCAGUUGAACCACCAACAGCUUCAAGCACAAGCCCAGACGCAGCUGCACGGUCAGAACCUGCCAAAUCCGCAGAAGACCCACAGUGCUCCUGGUGCGCAGAUGCAGCAGCUGCAGAGGCCGGCUGCGCCGAUGCAGGCCAAGGGCCAGAAUCCCUUAGACAUCCAGGGUCAGAACUGUCAGCACAUGCAGCAGGACCUGCAGGAUGCGCAGACGCGCAGCGGCUCGGACCAGCAGGGGCAGUCGCAGCAGAGCCUUUCUCAGCUCCAGCAGAUGAAUCACCAGCUAGUCAGUGACAUGGGCGCAUGCAGCGAUGCCUCUUUAUUAAACUCUCUUCUUGAUGACCCCUGUUUGGACCUCCAUCUUGCAGCUAGACAAGCCCUUUCUCAGCAGUUCAACAUGGAGCCUCAGGUGGAAAGCUUGUCCUUCAACCACAGUUUGGGAUCAGGACCCCCGGCAAGCAAAACUCACGAGGGGUCCUUCCUUGACCAGGUGUCCCUGGACUUCCAGGACUCAGGUGACCAGCAGCUUCUCAACAGCCAGAACCAGACCCAGAGCUUCGGCGGUAUGGAACGACACGGCGUGCCUAACAUCAUUCUGACCGGCGACUCCCCAACUGGCCUUUCCAAAGAGAUCACCAGCGCUCUGUCAGGAGUUCCAGGCUUUGAGUUGGACUCCUUUUCCUUGGAUGACCCCCUGCGGAUAGUCCCUAUGUCACUCGAGGGCCUGGGCAUCCUGUCUGACGCGGACCUCAUGCUUUCCGACCCUUCUGUGGAGGACUCCUUCCGCUCUGAUCGCCUCAAGUAGACUGGCGUUGGAAGGGUUUAAUGAGACCUGGGUGAGCUGGGAGCGUCUCUUGGAGCCGGGCAUGAUGGGCUUGGGUGAAAUGUGUUCUGUCGUCGUCAGAAAUCGGGCAUUUCUAUGGAAACGAUCGAAACGAUCUAAUCAUGGGACCAACGCUUCCCUGUCCAAGAAAUACGGUCACUUGUUCUUAUGUCGAUUUAAAUAUGAACAUUUAAGCAUUGUGGUAAGACUGCAACUGCAUGUUAAGAAAUGCACUUACAAAAAAAUGUAACAGACCUGAAUACGGAGCCAUGUUAUUGUCGCUUUUGUUUAUAUUGCUAACAAUCUGUUUACCUGGCUGUUGUAAUUGACGUGUUUCAUUCCAGAUUAGUAGAUUGUCAUUCUUCGAGUAAUACUUUACACGCUCUUGGGGGUAUUUUUGUUUUGAAGAUGAAAGUACACCUGAGAUUGAACCUAGUACUAUAUAUGUCACCCGCUUAUGCGUUUGGGGGGGCGGGGGGGGUCCUACAUCCACAUAUUUUCUCCUACUUUCAUUUCCUCUAACUACAACCAGAUGUUGGCCGGUUUUGAUAGUUAGCAGCUGUACCAAAAUAUAGGAUUAAAACGAUCAUGAAAAGGGUCAAAAGCGUUCGGUAUUGACAAGGGUGUGAGGGCGUGCUUGUUUACCCAUGUUUAGGAGGGUUUAGUUAGUCUCUCCAUAUUUUUACAGACCAAAUUAUCUAGCCCCAUUUCUUAACUUCUGAAGGUCAGCAUGACACAUUCCUGAGGCUUUUAUUUGAUUAUUGCUGUUUAUUUGGGGGGAAAAAAUGUUUAAUGUUCUGUAAUGCACUUCUUGUAAUAUUUCUGUAAUAUUUACAAAUUAAUAGCACCUUUCCUGUUUGAACAAUGGCUGGUUACACAGGUUCUUGUACAAGCACAGUUCAGACUUCUGAGCAGUUGCAUAUGGUGCGACGCCUUUGGCUACUUUUCAGAAUCGACUCCGGCUGUAAAAAUAACUGCAUCUGACUGCUUGCCUUUCACUGUACAGUCAGGCUGCCUGACUGUCAGUCCCGAAGGACUGGAGUUCUGCUGGAUUCAUUGCAGUGUGCUUUGCUUUCCCCCCACAAGUACCCAGGUAACAUGUCACCCAGGUCUCAAGGCAUAGGCUGCUCUGUGGCAGUGCUUCUCAACCCUGUCCUCAGAGACCCCCCAGACAGUCCAGUUUCUUGCUCGCUCCUAGCUCUCAAUACACCUGCAAUAGGUAUUCGGUGUUCUUGAUUGGCUGGGAGCUGGGAGGAAGCAAAAAUGUGGACUGUCUGGGGGAUCUCCGAGGAAUUAUUUGUGAAACACUACUCUGUGAGAAUCUAGUCAUUGGAUUAUAGUGAAUCCGCCUGAAAAUGUAGCGCGUGCCUGCAUGGUCAAUAGUGAGUGAAAUGGUGCUUAAAAACCAUAGUCUUAUAGGUCAUUUCAUGAGUGAAAUUCAGGUAACAAAAGUAAUUAAUUCUAAUAUUUUUAAAUGCAUGUUGAGGUGGGAUCUCGGGUGUGGUUUUGAAAUGGUUUAAACAGUGAUUACAUCCCCCCCCCCCUCACUUGCAGGUGUUUCACCUGGUUAAUCUAGAUUGUAGGGCAUAUUUUAAAAUGCAAAAUAGAGCUAAUAAAGUUUUAUUUUUUUAAGAGUUAAAUACAUGUAUAAAAACUAAUGAAAAACAUUGCCUAACGCAGGGGAUCAGUGUGAAGAUAUCUGCCAAAGCAACACGUCAUAAAGCAAAAGUCCUUUUGUUUUAAAGCUGGGGUUCAACCGUUUAUGUUGUGUGCAUGCGCGUUCGUGUGAUGCCUUAGCACUUUUUUUUUAAAGGAAACUUUGUAAUCUAGCACUAUGCAGCCCGUCUGUGGGGGGUGGGGGGGUUAAUGUAAGUGUUAAGGGUGUCCCUUAUCAUGGGGAAUAAGCUCCGCUUCAAAGGGUUUUAUUAUUGAAUAGUCUGUCCCAUGCUAAACAAUGAUGAAAGGUGACACUCGCACCGCAUGGCUGUCACCCUCAUGUGCCACUUUACUGUGAUUCCUUCAAAUGUUCUCCCCACAUCCCCAGACUGUAUCAAUGUUUUAUUUUUUAGCUUAAAGAAAUUGUGUUAACUCUACGUAAGUCUUAACAGUGCCUACCGUGUAGGUAAUGUGGUCUUUAAGAAUGAACCUGUGUGUUUGAUACAUAGUGGUGAUGGCAUGAAAUAGUCCAGUGAGUUCAGGCAGAACAUGCAGGCAUUAGUUUGUGGUGACGAUCCAGAUUGUCUUAACUUGCAUGGUCAAUCAGUGCUCUUGGUCCCUCGCAAUAGCCAAAGUAUCUUUGCUCAGUAACUUGGCAUGAGUGCUCUGCCCUAUAGAAAUUGUUACUGAUAAAAUUGUGUUGAUAAAAUGCAUCUGUAUGUGUUUUUUUUUUUUUUUUUUUUUACCAUACUUAGAAGCAGCCUGCCUGUUUGAGAGAUUUAAGUACAUGAAAUUAAAAUGACUGGAGCAGAGAGAGAUGGCCAGGUGCAGUACGAAGCUGUUUGCUGCUGCAGUGGUCAAGCCUCAAUAAAGAAAAUUCCAUUUUUAUGAAAUAGGAGGAAAGAAGUAUUUAUGCUUAAGGGUCUAGCGCUGGAAGCUGGCCAAAGAUUACAUAAUUUACAAAUGUAUUUACACCUUUUGUGAGAGGAAAAGCUCUAUGUAGGAAAGAUCCAUCAGUAUGCAUUUGGCAGGUGCUUCAUUUGCUUCAGAAAAUAUUUCAUUACGGACAGACGUGAGCGCCAUAUUACUACGAUACCUUUGGAUAUUAAGCAAAACUGUCUCUUACUGCAUGAUGUCAACAGUCUACUUGUUUUACAUUCUAUACCAUUAUAAGAAUAUCAGCUGUUUAACAGCUGCUUUGGUCAUUCAGCACUGUAACUUAAUUGCAGGGUUACUACUAUAGAAUUGAUUCGAAAUGCGUAAUGGUAUGAACUCAAAGUCUAAAGCAAAACCGUUAAAGCCAUAUUAAGAUUUGUGGAGUGUGAGUUAAGGUGAAUCAGGGAGUUUGUACGUGUUAAAUAGAUGCAAUAGUAACGUAUGACGGUUAUGCUUUACGUUCCCUCGAAAAAAUUCAAACAAGAAUGAAUUUCACUUGUCUGCAAUUUUUGACGUGUUACCCUGUACUGCAAUAGCGUUGCAUUCAAUUUUGUUCUCUUUCCAGUAGGGGUAGCUGUUGAGCAGCAAAAAAAAAAUGUGAUUAAUGGGGACUGUGUAAAAUAACGGCCAUAUAUAAAUACGAAUUUGUUUUUUCUUAUCAGUGCUAUUGAUUGCAGUUGUUUUAAUAUGUAUUAAUGUGUAUUUUAAAUUUUUUGCUUUGUGGUGGUGGUUAAAAUGCAAAAAAAACCCUAAAAUAUUUGCUUCAGUGAAAUGCUUUUUACAUUUUUAUGGCUAUCACCAGGGACACAAUGUUGUAAAUAAUAUUAUACUUUAGGUGCUUCUUAAACCUAACAAAAUUUUUUUAAAGACUGUAUAUUCACAAUAUUUUACAAGAAAAUAAAAAGGGAGAUAAA